UGUAAGGUAGGUGGUAACUCUAAUCUCAUCUACAAAAUUUUAACAUUCAUUCUACUUGUUAAGCCAAGAAAUAACAAAAGCCAAAUUCAUAGUUUCCUCUUUAUUCUUAUGAGAUCUCAUAAAAAGAAGUUUAAGUAAAUUUUCAUAACUGGGGCCAUUAUUGGGCAAAUAUAUAUGGAGCAUGUAUUGGAUUAACAUAAAAAAUUGAUGGUUAAAUUACAUGGAUUCAUCUUGGCGCCUGAGGAACGAUCUUGAAGCAGAACUAAAUUGAAGGGAAGAGCGUGCAGCAUAAGAAAAGAUGCACGGGCACGCGCGGUCAGGUUCAAAUGUCGGAAGGCGGCCUCAGAAUGCAAAGGCGGCGGCACAGAGGCUGGCACAGGUAAUGGCAUGUCAACAAGCGGAUGACGAUGAUGAGGAAGACGAGCUGUAUGAGUACAACCCUGUCGCUCCCUCAACUGCUAUUAGCCUUGCUGGUGGAAGGCCCAAUAGAAGUACUCGUACUCCUCUGUCAGUUCGUACAUCGAUAGAACCAAAGGCAUCGACUACACGUCCGGCAUCACAAGGAAUUCGACCAUCUACCUCGACCGACUCUUUGGAUCAACAGCCCUUGCAAAAGACAGUUCGUACAUCCUUAGAGGCAAAUGCAUCAGCUACACGACCAGCAUCAAUUCGUACAUCCGUAGAACCAGUGACUACAUGUCCAGGAUCAGUACAAGGAAUCCGACCAUCUUCAUCUUCGGAGUCUUUGGACCAGCAGCCUUUGUCAGCUCGUUCAACGACGCCUAUCCGAAUUUCUCUCCCUGUCCUGAGUAAGCUGGCUUUUCAAUCUAAGAACACUUUGGAACAACCACCAUCUGCUCGUGCACCGACUACACCUUUGGCUGCCAAUCAAUCAAGUGCCCACGAACAGCCUCUAUCUGCUCGUUCUCUUGCACCUAACCGCUCCGGUCACUUUGCUGUCAAGCCCCUUCCUGUUGUACCUUCUAAUAUGCCUCUCUCACUCAGGCCAAUUCCUGCAACUGAGGCUCAACCUGAAGCUCGUAAAGAUAAAAGGUUAUCAGUAGAUUUUGGUACUUUCAAGUACAAAGAACCUCCCAUUCAGCCAUCUUCUUCUGCUCUACAAGAUGAGUGGCAGGGUGAGUCAAGGCUCUUCUUUGCUUGUCUCAUUGGUAUACCGCCUUGGGACAAAUUCUUGAUCAUUUUCCCAUCCCAACCUGCCCUUCCUUGCAUGAGUUUUGUGUCUUUUUACACUUUCCACCCGUCUAGGGAGACCAGAUCCCCAUCCCUUGCAGCAUUGUGGAAAUUUUGUGCAAUCGACUCCUCAUCCAUGUCAAUCCUAGGACCUUCACUAGAUGGUAUUGCUACUUGUAAGUUAGUUUGA